CAAUGCCGUCCCCUCCACCGCCGUCGCGUCCGGUGCGUCGCCAAUUCAUGACGACCAUGACGGCCGACAAGGCGGCCAAACAGCAGCGCAACAAGGCGCUGCCCGUGACGCCGACAGCGCCAGCAGAAGCUCGCCCUAUCCACAUGUUCCCCGCCGAACUCACAAAACCUCUCGAUGCAGUCGCCGACCCCAUCUUCCUCGACCCCCUGAUUGCCUUCUACAUUCUUGCCGCUGCCCACGCCGUAGCCGCUUUCUACUUCCCCAUACAAGACUGCGACGAGGUCUACAACUACUACGAGCCCACCCACUACUUGACCGAUGGCUACGGCAAGCAGACCUGGGAGUACUCUCCCGAAUACGCCAUCCGCAGCUGGGGCUAUGUCUCUCUUCAUGCUUUUGUCAUUGGCCUGCGUCGCAUAAUCCCUGUUUGGGGUGUGGAAGUUCUACUUUUGCGCACCGCUCUGGGCGCCAUCUGUGCCGGAUCCGAAGCCAGACUAUACUCCAAGAUCUCGCGAACCCUUAAUCCUAGACUCGGCAUGCUCUUCUUCCUCAUCAUGCUCACCAGCCCUGGCAUGUUCCAUGCAUCCGUCUCGUUCUUGCCUUCUUCUUUCUCCAUGUACACCACUGCACUGGGUAUGGCUGCCUUCAUGGACUGGCGUGGAGGUAUGCGUACUGCUCAGGGAAUGAUGUGCAUGAUUGGAGGCGCCGUCCUCGGCUGGCCUUUCGCGGCUGCCCUCGUCGCCCCCUUUAUGGUCGAGGAGUUCAUGACUGCCUACUUUACCGACAAGCAAGAGUUCAUUGACUUCUGUUAUCGUAUCCUCGAUGGUUCCGUCCGCUCCACCAUCGUCCUCGUUCUGCAAUUCUGUUUUGACGCUUUCUUCUACAGAAGAAUUGCUAUCGUGCCCUGGAACAUUGUCUGGUACAAUGUCAUUGCUGCUCGCCAAGGUAAAGGUCCGGAUAUCUAUGGCACCGAGCCCUGGCAUUUCUACGCACGCAAUCUGUUGCUCAACUUCAAUAUCUGGUUCAUCAUCGCUUUGGCCGCCAUGCCUCUCUACUUCAUUCACACCUUUGUUCUUCGUCAACCUGUUUUCAAGCAGUCGUACCUGCGCGGUGUCUUCUUCCUUACCCCUUUUUACCUCUGGCUAGCCAUCUUCACCCUGCAGCCUCACAAGGAAGAGCGUUUCAUGUAUCCCAUUUACCCUGCUCUGGGCUUCAAUGCUGCGUUGGGCUCUCAUAUUCUUCUCACUUGGCUCGGUACCUCGAACCCUCGUUCUCUCAUCGCCAUGAUCCCUGCCAAGUUGAGACUCUUCUUCGCUGCUAUCUGCUUCAUUGCUGCUGUUGACUUCGGGGUUUGGAGAACUCUUGGUAUGAUCACCGCUUACAACGCUCCUUUGAGUGUGUACAAACCUCUGCGCCUUCCUGAUGUCACUCAAACUGGCGAUAAUGUUUGUUUGGGCAAGGAAUGGUAUCGGUUCCCUUCUUCCUACCACCUUCCUACUGGUGUUAGUGCCAAGUUUGUAAAGAGCGAGUUCAGCGGUUUGCUCCCUGGUGACUUCAGUCAGGCUGGUAAGGGAUUCGGCCUGUAUCCAGGUGCAUGGCUCACUCCAAGCGGCAUGAACGACGAAAACAAAGAGGAUCCGAGCAAAUAUACUGAACUAUCACUUUGCUCUUUCAUGGUUGACUCGUCCUUCCCCGGCACCGAGCCAUCUCCUCUGGAACCCGAUUACAUCAACCAGACAGACACCUGGGAGAAGCUGUCGUGCGAGCCAUUCCUCGAUGCUUCGCGAACCGGGACCCUCGGUCGCAUUGGAUGGAUCCCUGAUUGGGAGUUCAUCCCGUCCAAGUACCGCCGUCAAUGGGGCGAGUACUGUCUUCUGGGCCGCAAAAACGAUUUGGGCAAGUCAGAGCGAUUUCAGACGUGUAGUGUUGACCGAUCCGGGGUCGAUAAGAUGGACAUGGCGGGGUCCAGCAGCCUUAUCGUCACAACUAAGAUAAAUCUAGGACGAGCAAUGUAUAUAUUGAACAUUCUGUCUGCUCGAGCAUAUAUGUUCCGCCUGUGUUCACAUCAUCAUCGUCUUCUGAAUCAACCUUUUACUGCCCAACGCCAUGAGCAAUAUACAUACAAUGCUGCAGGACAGCAUCAGUGCCAUCCGGAACAUCUCAUCACUACAACAGGCGAAGCCUCUCAUAUAUCUUGGACUAGCUCUCGUAGCUCUAGUCUGUCUCAUACAGCGUGUUGUCGCUGGCCCAAAACAAAAACUAGACUGCCCUCACGGUCACCGGACCCGGAAAAGCCUACAGGAACAAGACCCAAGGCACCCGAAAGACCCGAUGGUGUGUGGUUCCCAUCAGACUUCAAGAGGCCAACCGCUGCACCAUACCCAGAUUGGUCUCUCGAAAAGACCAAGCCUCUUCCCUAUCGACCUUUCCGUUAUGGACCCAAGUACAACAUCACUAUGGGCCUUCGUACCAUGCACUGGGACGAGUGGAUCGAAUUGGACAACCACUACCCUAAAUUCCACGCCGAUAAGAAGCGCCGCAUCGAAGAACGCGGUAGCAAGUGUUUCCAUACAGACCCUAACCCACAAGUCUUCGAAGGCGCCGUAGAACUUCUCGAAGAACUGUGUGGCUACCUACCUGAGCGUUACCCAAGCAUGUUCCGCAAGACUGAACAUGGAAUGGUGAACCUAUUUGCGAACGAGACCUUCGAUAUAAGAAAGGAUGUCUUGACCAUGAAUGGAAACCGCGAGGAUCCUAUGCAGAUGGCUGCACGGAUGGUGCAAGACGACCUGGCAAUCAUGUUCGAAAAGGAAGAUGGCCAGAUGUAUCUUCUUGCUGGUGCGAUAUUGCUGCCGGGUUUCUGGCGUUUGCAGGACAAGUUGGGCAUGUCUCUCGAUGAGCUUCACUACAGCGGCGAUGUCCCUGGCUAUCACGACAAGCUCCGCAAAGGCAUGAACAACUUCUUCCGCCGCUUAAAGCCCGAAUCUCCAGUAAAUCGCAACAACUACUUCCUCCAAGUUGAUGAAGAUCUCGCUUGGUCCUACAGUAUUGGAGACGAAGACAACGCUGAGCCCUCUUGGGACACUGCCGCUGCCAAUCGCGCCAUUGAACACCAUCACUUCCGCUCUGAACGCCAAUCUCUUCGUCGACUGCCCAGAUCUGGAGGUGUUUUAUUUACUAUCCACACAUACUUCCAUCCGAUCACCGAUAUUGCGCAAGAGGAUUAUGUGCCAGGGAGAUUGGCUAGUGCGAUCAGGAGUUGGGGUGAUGAUGUUAGCAAGUACAAGGGCAAGGCAAAGUAUGGGGAUGUGUUGUUGGACUAUCUGGAUAAGAAGCAUGAAGAGCAGGUGGCCACUGGACUAGAUUUGAGUCGAGAGGAUGAGUGUAAAGCAUAUCCUUAU